GCAAUAGUCUUUUGACAAGUUCACACGCUUUCCUUUCUCUGCAACUUCGACGAACCUCUCUCUUACUGCCCUUUAUUUAUACCUUUGCCUCUGUCUCGGUUUUCGUAGAAUUGGGUCUGAAGAGUUUAGGGUUAUUUGUUGAAUUGGUGAGCCUUCUAUCAGUUUGAUUUUUGCGUAAUUUUGUUUGAUAUGUUUGGGUUUUGAUCGACUCAGGGUCUCAGUUGGUUUUCGGUUUUUGAUUGAGAGAUCGUUGUGUUGUCGAAGGCGCGAAGGAUCGAGCUUGAUUUAGUUUUGGUUAUUUUUUUGUAUUUUUUUGGGGUUCUAGCUCUUCAAAGCUCUGUUUUGACAAGAAUUUUGAAGGUUUGAAGGUCUUAUUAAGCGUUUGAUAUUGAGUUGUUAGUGGAUUGAUAGCUUUUUGAAGUGGAAAAAGUAAAUUUUGUGGGAGAAAUCUGAAAAGUUUUGCGGUUUACAGUGUGUAUUUUCAGAAAUUUUGGGUUUUGAAACCCUAAACCUAAAAUUGAAAGUCUUCGGACGAAUCUGAUCGAACUUGAAGGGUUUUUAGGAAUUUCAGUGUAUUCUUCGAAAGAAGCUCAAUCAAGUUGUGCGUGAUUAGGAUCACGGCUUGUUUUGAGCGGUCUCUUCAGAGGUAUCUAUAAAUCAGUACUUUUCAAGGCCCUGGAGUUCUGGUUGAGUUGAUAUCCAAUUACUUCUUUUAAAAAAUGGAGAAUCAGCAGUCUUUCUGGCAAUUCAGCGACCAGAUUAGGCUCCAAUCAACUGUAAAUGAUGAAUUUCCAAGUAAAUGGGGAUUUGGUUCUUCAUAUCUCUCAAAUUUUUCGGGCCUUUCAAUCAACGAGAACAUCAAAGCAUCAAAUAAGCCAGAACCUAGGAGGAACCAGGAAACCAGAGGAAAACCAAAGCAGAAAAAUGCGGAUUUUAACAGCUACAAUGAUGGAUGGAAGCUUGGAGGUGGGGGAUAUGGUGGAAAGAAUGGUUCUUCGAUGAAUCUGAAUAAGCCCUCAGAAAAUACAAAGGUCAAGAAUUAUAACAACAACAACAGUGGAAAGAACAACAAAGACAGAGACAAUAACAAUAACAAAGGACCGAGCAAUGGAAAUGCAACGGAUAAGAGAUUCAAGACUCUCCCUCCAUCAGAGUCUCUUCCCCGAAAUGAAAAACUUGGGGGUUAUAUCUUUGUCUGCAACAACGACACCAUGCAAGAUGAUCUUCGAAGACAGCUUUUCGGUCUUCCACAGCGAUACAGAGACUCUGUCCGAGCAAUAACCCCAGGGCUGCCUCUCUUUCUGUACAACUAUUCCACUCACCAGCUCCAUGGCAUCUUUGAGGCUGCAAGCUUUGGAGGAACCAAUAUCGAUCCCACUGCUUGGGAGGAUAAGAAAUGUCCAGGAGAGUCACGUUUUCCUGCACAGGUGCGAGUUGUGACGAGGAUGAGCUGCAAACCAUUGGAGGAGGAUUCAUUCAGGCCUAUCCUUCACCAUUAUGAUGGUCCCAAGUUCCGAUUGCAACUCAAUAUUCCUGAGGCAUUGGCUCUUUUGGAUAUAUUUGCAGAGAGCAACCUCUAGAAGAGGUUGAGACCGGCCAUCUCCAAUCAAAAUAAAAAGACAUGAAAGUGGGGGGACUCCUGAAGAUGAGUUUUUAAGUAAUAAAUGAAUCAUCUAUACUACUUGGAUGGAGACCCAUAUACUCAGAGAUAUGAAGAUAACCCAAGUAAAAUCACUCAAUUUUACAGUACAUUUUAGGCAUGCGAUGCCUGUGAAGAGAAGGGGAUGAUGCCCAUAUAGCGGAAAAAAUAAAUAUUUAAUAAGAAUGGGAGAGAGUACAUGUCUGAAGUCUAUAUACUAGUAAAAAUGUGUGUACAAAGUUUGCCCCAUAGGAUGAAGGGCAAAAUAGUUGUUUCAGUGUUAUAAUGUAUGUGUUGUACAAUUUGAGUGCAUGAAGGUCUUGUUUUCUCUCACAAGUGACAUGUAUAGAAUUCGGGCUUUUUUACUAGCCUUCUUCCUUCAGGCACUGAGAAUACAUUAAAGAAAUUCUGGUUUUU